AUGUCUUCCCGACCCGGGAAAAGGGACACAGAGGAUGACUUGCUGGCUUUCCAGGAGCAGUUUCUUGCCGAUCGACAGAAGCCCGCGGCGUUAGUGGUUCGCGUAAAGAGAGAUGAACCGUCCGCGGCUCAGGAAAAUACGAAACAUGACAGUUCCGUCGCAACCAGCGUUCACCAGAGAGACGUGGUGUCGAUGUCAGGUCUGCCCAAGAUGAUGCCAGGAUUACAACCUGGGCAGAUAUCUCCUCCACGGAAAAGAUCCAAGUUCAAACAGCAGAAAGAGAAACAAAAGCAGACGAAGGACUCGGCUGCAGAAAAUUUGGAUGCAGCAGAACUAUUGGAAAGGCAUGACAGACACAUCUCAACCAUUCUGUCAGAAAUCAAGGAAAGAGAUGUUCGCAAAAGUAAUCUGUUCAUGCCCUCAGUGGUCCUAGGAGGGUUCCCCACGGCACUCCAUAGAGGGACUAUCACUAAAUAUACAGAUAAUGAAUCUGCCAAAAAUGCCAAGAGUUUAUUCGCACAGCAGUUCAAGGUGGCAGGCCCAUCAGAAUUCGGUGUGUUGUCACAGCCUCAAACAGCUCAUCAAAACACGAAAUACACUUAUGAUGGAGUACCUCAAGGAUCGUUUUUUGGUCCUUCUAAACUUGUCACUGGCGAAGGUCUGCCUCGGGGUCAGGCACAGACAAGCCAGGAUAGCGAGGCGGUGCGAAUUCACCACGAGAAUGUCGAGAGGCUUGCGGGGGUUUCACACGAGGAGAUUAUUGCCGAGAGGGAAAGGCUCAUGACCUCUCUUGAUCCAGCAUUACUAGCAUUCCUCCAGUCCCGAACCAAACAGACAACAGAGCCGAAGUUAAACCAAGCUAUCCCAGAACCGGACAGGGUACCCUCCAAAACAGACAAGAACCCAGCAAUGGAAGACUCUGAAAUGCGAGAUGAUGAGGAUACGAUUGGGACAGAAGUGGAUAGACGUGAUGAGAACAAGGGGAGUGGCGCUGAGGAGGGAGCCCCAGAGGGUAGGGGUGAGGAUAAGCGUUGCAUUACUCCAGAGAGUAGGGGAAGGUCGGAGAGUGGCCCUGAGAAGCACGUGCAUUUCGCUAAUGACGUCAGUGUUGUUUCUGUGGAGGGAGGGGUAGAGCAGUUGGAGUCUGUUCGUGAGCUGGUGCAACAGACCGCCAAGCAGCGAUGGGUGCACAUGGACGGUCUCGAGCCAGACAAGCUAGAGUGGAUGAAGGACUGCCCGCCGCCCUCGGCUUUUGACCAAAAGCAAGGUAACCAGGCACGAUUCACAUUUGAUGGGAGUCUGGUAACCAAGGAAGCUGACCUGCCUGUGAGUCUAGGCUUGCAUCACCAUGGUGAUGACCCGGGUGCUGCUGGGUAUACUCUAGAGGAGCUGUUCAUUCUGUCUCGCAGCAGCUUUCUGCAACAGAGGGUCUUGGCACUGCAGACUCUAUCAAGAAUUAUUGCAAAGGAAAAUGCCGGGGAGUUCCGUGACACCCUCCGGAGUCCUCCUCUCCCCACCUUGCUAGACGCAGGGGUCUUGUUCCUCCUGAGAUGGGCUCUGGAUGACAGCACGGCUGCCGUAAUGGCUGCCGCCAUCCAUGGGCUUGCUGCGGUGCUUGUUUAUCCUGCUGAUGAGGUAUCUGCUGAUCAAGUCUGUGAAUGGUACUGCGGGCUCGAGGUACCUGCGUUAACACCUGUGGAAAGUGAGACCGCGCGGGACAAGGACGAGGACAGACCAUUAACAGAUGCAGAGCUGCUCAAGCAAGAUGUCAUCAAGGGCUUGGUUCGUAUGAAACUCCUCCCGCGGCUUCGCUACAUCCUCGAGAUGUGCAAUCCGCAGCCUGAUACAAUUAUAUGCAUCUUUGACAUUUUGACGAGGAUCGCGAGACACUCGGCCGAGUCUGCGUACAAAGUAGCAAUGUGUCCUCGGCUGAUGGAGGUGACUCUUGGGGAAUUUCUGACGGUGGAUGGUCUGAUGUUACCUAAUGCCAUGAAAAUGAUCAGGGUGGUCUGCACCGCAGGGCGUCACACCGCUGCCACCAUGGUAUCAAGUCACGAUGUGAUGGGCCGAGUGUUGCGUUACUUGCUAGCUCCGUUACCCACGUCAGUUAACAUGCCGCUCUAUUUGGAGAGCAUGCGCACUUGGACUGUCCUCAUGAGCUAUGGGCUCGCUAGUCACGAGUUCUUAGAUGCGUACCCGACAAUGAUGCAGAGCCUUCGAGAUUCAGCCCGUCUCUGUCUUCUUGACCACCACUCUGAGCCCGGCAGUCUCCUCAAACGCGCAAGCGCAGUGCUACCACUUCUAGAAGCCGCAGUUCACGUGGCGGGAACCUCCGCUGACCAGUAUGCCAAGAUGACCGCAGGCACAGAAGACGCUGAACCUCCCGCGAUGCCGCCUGUUAAUUGGAGUCACGUGACUGGACUCUUCCCUGUGAUUGGCUGCUGGCUGAGGAAGUGGGUUCAAGAGUUAUUGUCGUGUUCCGAGGUUUUAGGAUCUCCCGCACUCCAGGAGCCAAAUUUGAGUUUACUUUCCGGAACUCUAAACUUUCUGGCAUCGUUUUAUACCAAACUUCCUUCCCAGCGAUCGUACUCUCCUGUCGAGACUCUGGAGGAGAUGGAAGACUUGGUAUCUUCUGUCUUAGUCCCACUAAGCGCUUCGUCGUACAUGUCAGCGGCCAUACAUGAGCUAAGACAACUGCAGGGGCCCAUUGACGUCACAUCACGUGACAUUCCCAGCCUGCCAAGCUAUGGUCCAGCACCCGGCCUAGUCUCACGCGGACCCGCCAUAGCGGUGAUGACGUCAUUUGUUAGGCUGUUGUGUUGCGUGUCGCACGUGCACAAAGGAAUGGCCGGAAAGCUCUUGCCAUUUGUUGAGCGUUCAGAUGUUUGCAGUUAUCUCAAAGGAUUUGCCGAUUCUAAGGUACAGGGGCCCGUUGGUGCGUUUAGCCGUCUCGAUCAUCAUCUUGUGUUCCUUCUCAUCAAACUCUUCAGCAACGUGGCAAGAGCUCUGAUUGGUCAAAAUAUUUCGAGCCCACUCGUCACAUACCACAAUGCCGCCAUGGUGCUCUUCGCGCGGUUGACGCCUGGGGACGAGUAUUACGCACAUGAGUUGAUGAGCUCUGUUCUGUUUGAUCCAAUGUUUUAUCCAGAGUCUAGAGAGCUGUCGUCUUCUUCAGUCACCCGUGAGCUAUCAGGACUAACGAUCAAGACGGAUGGUUUACCCACCCCUCCCUCCUCGGAGACAUCGAGGGGUCUACCCACCCCUCCCUCCUCGGAGACAUCAAGGGGUCCAACCACCCCUCCCUCCUCGGGCACAUUAUCAGAGGCGCCCGACAGAGAAGAGCUUCUGUGUGAGGCACAUGGUAACCUCCCGUCUGUAAGAUCCAUGUUUUUUGGGUCGUUCAGCCCGAUGGAACACGCCCUGGCGAUAUCUCGAUCACGUGCUCUCCGCUGGCCGCAUGACGUCACCUCACUCUUGUUACCAGCUUCCCACGGAGCUCUGGUCCCUGUAGACUGGAUGUUCACGCCGAUCGUGGAUUUGCAUAAUCAUAUUAUUAACUCGGAACAGAAAGGCCGAGCUUUGGACGAGGUUCCUGUUUCUAUGGUUACGCUAGUCAAGUGCACGCUACAACUGCUAUUGCUGCUAGAGGAAAAGCGCCCAGUCUCCCUCACAGGCGUUACCAUGGUAGCACGUGUUGCACGUUUGAUGUGUAUCUUUAUGACAGGCAGUGAUUUGUUCCUCCACACAACGGUACAUCGUUACAUGUCCUGCCUACUACAUAUCUACACUCAGUCCCACCGCAUUGCUCAGUUGGACUUCAGUCAACCUGUCCCUGGACUGUCGUCCUUCUACGACCUGUACUCCUCCCUCCUGACGCACUUCUCGGCCGUUUCCUAUGGGGACUCCCUGUUCGGUAAAUUUGUCGUGUUACCAUUGACGCAGGCGCAGAACUCGCGGUACCGACUUCUAUUAUGGGAAGAGCACGUGGGCUCGCUCCGGUCCCUCUCAUUGUCUCCCUGUCAGGUUCCCGUGCCUUUAGAAAACUUCCUCUACCCGAUUGAACAAGAGGAGGCUCUACUCAAGCUCUACCUUCGCGCUCUCGCCAAUCAAGUUGUCAGACCCCAGUGGUGUCCGCUGUUUUAUCUCUUAGCGGUCCAUCAUUUGAACGCUUUUAUAUUUCAAAGAGUCGACCCGAAGGAUAGCCUGUCACUAAAGCGCAAAUUGUCCUUAAUACAAAGCGUUCUUCUGGUCAAGUGUGAGGAAGUCAGGCAUGACUUGUUGUACUACUACCGGCCUGCACUCAAGAGUCCUAAAGCCUUUGAGCUGUUCAGCUCUUUGCCCGCCGAUAGAGAGAUGUUUCUUCGCUCACGAGAAGACUUAGAGUCGUGCAAACAACUUUACGCUACCAUGGCAACAAGCACCACGUGACACAUCAUAGGGAUGCAGCUGUAGUCUUUGUAAAGCCCUUGUGUUAGUCAGCUUUUUAAGAGCUACCAUUGUAACGAAAACAGUGUGACACCCUAUAGGAACGCAGAUGAAGACCUCAAAUAUUGUGGAUUCGAGUUAAUCCUUUAUUACCACAAAAAUAGUACAACAUUUAAGUAGUUAGAACCAAAUUCUCUUGAAUAACACUGUGAAAUGCAAUCCAACCUACAAGGACAAAUAGAAAAUUAUAAUACUGAAAAGAUUUUUGGAAGAGGAAUAUUCGAUUAAAACCGAACUAACUCUGUCACGCAACUGGAAUCCAGGAGGCUGAGGUGUAUACUGCUCUCCGCUCUACCAUGAUAACAAGAUUUGGCCGCAUCCAUAUUACCAAAGCUCCUUUGCCAGUUCCUUACAGUUCAAAAUGUAGAGUGAGAUGUGUGCCAAUAUUUGUUAUUGUUUCAUAUGAGUGGUUUGUCAUGGCAAAACUUAUCUGUAAACUGAAGCGGCGUGUGGUGUUGAAGGUAGAUUUUAUGAAGGGGUACUUGUCAAUGAAAUAAUAACCAUCCAUAAGACAAUGAGCUAUAUACCAUCAACUAUUAAAGCCUUGUGCUUGUAAAAAGCCUUGUGCUUGUAAAAAAAAAAGGGUUGAGAAAGGGAAUAAAAUGAAAAAUGACACCUUUAA